AUGUGGAGAAGAUUGGUAAAGGAUGGGAAGAUUGUGAAUAAGAAAGCAGUGCAUGUUGUCAAUAUUGAUGAUGAAAUGGACAAGGAACCUGGUUCCUUGACUCGCAAGUUCUCACAUAAGCAUUCAAUAUCCAAGUCAAAAAGUGGAUCCUCUAUGAGUGUUGCGAGUCAGAAAAAGAGUGCAGGUGAUAACUCUGGUGAAAAGUUAGUGGAAGAAUCUGUAGAAAACGUGAUGGAAGAAUCAGUUGGAAAGGUGUCUGAGAAGACAAUGCCUGAGAAAGGAAAGAGUGAUCGCAAAUCAGUGAAACGAAAGGGUGAUGCCCGUGAGGAACCUUGUUCUUCCAAGAAGGCAAAGGUUGAUGAUACCUACGAUGCUAGGAAGGAAAAAUUGAAAAAUCAAAAGGUUUUGUGGGGCCAUACAUUUGCCCCUGAUAUUCUGGAUAUGACUGGCAUGCGACAAUUGGUGGAGAUCUGUGAAUUUCAACAGUGGACGCACUUGUUCGCAGGUGACAAUCCCAAAGUGUAUGAGGAAGAAGUGCGUAGUUUCUAUGAUGACUUCUUCACAGUAGAGGAUGAUCAUAUUUGCAUGAUGGUGAAUGGGGUCAAUUUUGUGAUGGACUCUGCUGUGCUAAAUGCUAUUGUGAAGGAUAAGACAGUUCAACAGAGGGAACGGGUACACAAGAAAGCCCUCCUUCCAGUAUACCAAUUGUUGUUUGAGAUGGUGAACAAGGUUUUGCUCCCUCGUGAUGAGAGAAGAUCAAUUACAUCUCGAGCAUACCUGGUUCUCAUGGAAGCACUAGAUAGCUACACCACCAUCAACCUGCCUGGCAUUAUAAUAGAACACAUGCGGAAGGUGGCAGAGUUUAAGGAUGGUAAUCAUGGGCUGCCUUAUGGGUUCCUUCUCACCAAUGUGUUUGAGUUCUUCAAAGUCCCUCUAGGAAAAGCUAAGGUGGGUACUCGUACGCAAACCUUCUUUAAGACCACUCUAGAGGAGUGUGAGUGCAUUGAUAAAGUUGGAGGGGUUAGCAGUACUUUUACUAUCUCCCAGUUGAUCAACGCCCAAAACAGUGCCACUGAUGAGAUCAGGAAGUUGAAGGCAAAGAAUGCCAUUCUUGAGGGUCAGCUAAGUCAGCUUCGGGAGGCACCUGGUUCUAGUAGCUCUCAAAGCACGGAGGUUGCCCAUCUGACCAAGGAGAAUGCUGAUCUCAAGAAACAGGUUGAGGACCUGAAGGAGUAA